UGUUAUUCCAUGCUCCAUUAUUAAACAAUUGUAAAUUGCUCUAAGUGAACAUUUAGAAACCAAAAUUUGUUGUUAAGAAAAGUUUGAGCGUCACAAUGAUGAAUGAUACCAUUACGCCGGAGCCGCAUUUGGUGCCAGGGUACACCGGCCACUGCACACAGAACCGAGAGCGCGUGGGCAAGACGUAUGGCAAGCAGACGCACAAGCUGCUCAUCGAUCCGUGCAUCUAUCAUGCUCCCGAGUUGAUCGUAUUGCCCAUAGACGCUAAGCAGGGACUCAAGGAUUAUCCCACGGAGCAUGAGCUGCAGGUGCUGCGUCGCCGUGAGGAUCUUGUGGAUGCUGUAUACCGGUAUCCCCUACUCCCAGGUUAUGCCGGCUUCGUGCCGAAUAUGGCAAGUCAGACGGGUAAGCGCUAUGUGGCUGCUGCCACUGCGGGUGUCGCCCAACAUGAGACCCUGAUGGAGCUAUAUCGCUGCGAGAAUCGUACACUUCGCCAUCGCGAUCUCUUGGAGAGUGGCAAAGGUCUCUUCGAACGCAAGCUGAAUGAGCGUCUGCUCCCGCACGCCAGAUACCGUUCGCCACUCAUUCCCGUCACCGGUCGCUCCAAGGGCGUCAAGGAUGGCGAGUGCCCGCCCAAGGUGGAGAAGCUGCGCUACAGCAAGUUCACGUCCCCGCACUUCCUGGAGGAUGAUGACGACGACAAGUUCAUAAUCAAUGGAUAUGCCGCUCACAUACCCAUGGCCGUUACCCGAUUUGGCGAGUCAAACCAGGUACUCACCCAUCGGGCCCUGUGCAGCUUCUCCGACUACAUGUACAAGAGGAAGCGCGACGUUUGGUGCUGCGGCCAGGACCUGACCAGGCCGGCAGUCACUUGCCCGCCGGUGGGACACUUUGUCAUUUAUCACGACGACGUCGGCAUGGUGCCCAGCUACGCGGGUCAUGUGCCGGGAGAGCUCUACAAGUUUGGACGCACCUACGGAAAGACAACGAUCAAUGCCAAGCGCUGGCUGGAAAUUCACAAGGAUCUUACCGGUCUGCCGGAGGUGUCGAAUCUUGAUUACACCUAUUAGUUGAUAUAAUUAAAUUAAAAAGUGCCACAGAAAUGUAACGUUU